AGCGUCAGACCCUCCAGCACCGGGAGGUCAGCCUCAUCUCAGCCCGCACAGAGCAGCCUGCUUUCGGCGAGACUCCUGUGAAAUGCUCCGCUGGUUUUCACGUCUCCGUAGCGAUUCAUCCAACUUGUGUCCACCAAGAGGACGCUGACUUCAUCAGAGGAAAGAUGGAGAAAGUUAAGAAGGACAUCCUCAACAUUUUAAAGGAUCUCAAGGAGGAGGAGUUCAAAGAGUUCAAGUGGCACCUGGAAAACAAUCCAAUCCCAGAAGACCUCCGAUCAAUCCCACCCUGUGACCUGCACAAAGCAGACAGGAUGGACACAGUGGACCUGAUGGUUCGGUGCUACGACACAGACUCGGUUCAGGUGGCCGUGAAGGUUUUGGAAGAGAUGCAAAUGAACAAUUUGGCUGAAAAAUUAUCCAAAAUGAACUUUACAGGUGAACUGAAUCCUGGGGGAGGAGAUCGAGGUCAAGAGAUUUUCACCAACUGUCAACGUGAACUCAAAUCCAACCUGAAGGAGAGGUUCCAGUCUGUGUUUGAGGGCAUCGCUGAAGCAGGAAACUCAACCCUUCUGAAUGAGAUCUACACAGAGCUCUACAUCACAAAGGGAGGGACUGCAGAGGUCAAUCAAGAACAUGAGGUCAGACAGAUUGAAACAGCAUCCUGGAGACCAGCCAGACCAGAAACAACCAUCAGACGAGAAGACCUCUUCAAAGCUUCAGCUGGAAGGAAGAAACCAAUCAGAACAGUGAUGACUAAGGGAGUGGCUGGCAUUGGGAAAACAGUCUUAACACAGAAGUUCACUCUGGACUGGGCUGAAGACAAAGACCACCAGGACAUACAGUUCACAUUUCCAUUCACCUUCAGAGAGCUGAAUGUGCUGAAGAAGAAGUUCAGCUUGGUGGGACUUGUUCAUGAGUUCUUCAGUGAAACCAGAGCAGCAGGAAUCUGCAGGUUUAAAGAGUACCAGGUUGUGUUCAUCUUUGACGGUCUGGAUGAGUGUCGACUUCCUCUGGACUUCCACAACAAUGAGAUCCUGACUGAUGUCACAGAGACCUCCUCAGUGGAUGUGCUCCUCACAAACCUCAUCAGGGGGAAGCUGCUUCCUUCUGCUCGCCUCUGGAUAACCACACGACCUGCAGCAGCCAAUCAGAUCCCUCCUGAGUGUGUUGGCAUGGUGACAGAGGUAAGAGGGUUCACUGACCCCCAGAAGGAGGAGUACUUCAAGAAGAGGUUCAGGGAUGAGGAGCAGGCCAGCAGGAUCAUCUCUCACAUCAAGACCUCACGAAGCCUCCACAUUAUGUGCCACAUCCCAGUCUUCUGCUGGAUCACUGCUACAGUUCUGGAGGAGGUGUUGAAGACCAGAGAGGGAGGAGAGCUGCCCAACACCCUGACUGAGAUGUACAUCCACUUCCUGGUGGUCCAGUCCAAACUGAAGGAGAUCAAGUACGAUGAAAGAGCUGAGAAGGAUCCACACUGGAGUCCUGAGAGCAGGAAGAUGAUCGAGUCUCUGGGAAAACUGGCCUUUGAUCAGCUGCAGAAAGGAAACCUGAUCUUCUAUGAAUCCGACCUGACAGAGUGUGGCAUCGAUAUCAGAGCAGCCUCAGUGUGCUCAGGAGUGUUCACUCAGAUCUUUAGAAAGGAGAAAGGACUGUCCAAGGAGGUGUUCUGCUUCGUCCAUCUGAGUGUUCAGGAGUUUCUGGCAGCUCUUCAUGUACAUCUGACCUUCAUCAGCUCUGGUGUCAAUCUGCUGUCCACCUCCCUGUGGUUUAAAGUCUUUAGAGACAACCCCAAACCAAUGUGUCUUUACCAGAGUGCUGUGAACGAGGCCUUAAAGAGUCCUAAUGGACACCUGGACUUGUUCCUCCGCUUCCUCCUGGGUCUUUCCCUAGAGACCAAUCAGACUGCCGUACAAGGUCUGCUGACACAGACAGGAAGUUGCUCACAGACCAAUCAGGAGACAGUCCAGUACAUCAAGGAGAAGAUCAGUGAGAAUGUGUCUCCAGAGAAAAGCAUCAAUCUGUUCCACUGUCUGAAUGAACUAGAUGAUGCUUCUCUAGUGGAGGAGAUCCAACAGUCCCUUAGAUCAGGACGUCUCUCAAAGGAACUGUCUCCAGCUCAGUGGUCAGCUCUGGCCUUCAUCUUACUGUCAUCACAAGAAGAUCUGGAGGUGUUUGACCUGAAGAAAUACUCUGCUUCAGAGGAGGUUCUUCUGAGGCUGCUGCCAGUGGUCAAAGCCUCCAACAAAGCUCUACUGAGUCGCUGUAACCUCUCAAAGAGAAGCUGUGAAGUUCUGUCCUCAGUCCUCAGCUCCCAGUCCUCUAGUCUGAGAGAACUGGAUCUGAGUAACAACGACCUGCAGGAUUCAGGAGUGAAGCUGCUGUGUGAUGGACUGAAGAGUCCACACUGUCACCUGGAGACUCUCAGACUGAGUGGCUGUAACCUCUCAAAGAGAAGCUGUGAAGUUCUGUCCUCAGUCCUCAGCUCCCAGUCCUCUAGUCUGAGAGAACUGGAUCUGAGUAACAACGACCUGCAGGAUUCAGGAGUGAAGCUGCUGUGUGAUGGACUGAAGAAUCCACACUGUGACCUGAAGACUCUCAGCCUGUCAAGCUGUCUGACCACAGAGGAAGGCUGUGCUUCUCUGGUCUCAGCUCUGAGAUCCAACCCCUCCCACCUGAGAGAGCUGGACCUGAGCUACAACCAUCCAGGAGACUCAGGAGUAAAGCUGCUGUCUGAUGGAGUGAAGGAUCCUCACUGGAGACUGGAGACUCUCAGGGUGGAGCCUGCUGGAGUCCGAUGGUUGACACCAGGUCUGGAGAAGUAUUCCUGUGAACUCACAAUCGACACAAACACAGUAAACAGAGAACUCAAACUGUCUGACAACAACAGGAAGGUGACACGUGUGAAGAAGGAGGAGUAUCAGUCAUAUCCUGAUCAUCCAGACAGAUUUGACUCCUGUCGUCAGCUGCUGUGUAGAACUGGUCUGACUGGUCGCUGUUACUGGGAGGUCGAGUGGAGCGGAGAAAUUUAUGUAUCAGUGAGUUACAGAGGAAUCAAGAGGAAAGGAAUUUUUUAUGACUGUUGGUUUGGAUACAAUCAUCAGUCCUGGAGUCUGAUCUGCUCUGCUGAAGGUUACUCUGUCCGUCACAAUAACACAGAAACACGCAUCACCUCCUCCUCCUUCUUCUCUUCCUUGUCCUCCUCCUCUGGUAGAGUAGCAGUGUAUGUGGACUGUCCUGCUGGCUCUCUGACCUUCUACAGAGUCUCCUCUGACACACUGAUCCACCUCCACACCUUCAGCACCACAUUCACUGAACCUCUUUAUCCUGGGUUUGGGUUUGGGUUUGCUUUCAGCUUGAGGUCUAUUGUCAGGUUCUUUUUCUCUCCUGGUUCUGUCCUUGGUUCCUCAGUGUCUCUGUGUCCUGCUGGUGGAGAACCUUCCUCUCUGCUCACCACAUAUUUCAGUCUGUACAACUGAUGUAGGUCCAUGUGGGUGUAGGUGCAGGUGGAGCAGGUGAGGGUUACCUGAGCUGGUCUGGACUCUGGGGGUCCACAGCUCUCUGGGACUUGUGGUGUUGCAGAUGAACGUGUGAAAGAGCUCAGCGAGGUGUGUUUUAAUAUCUCUGUGGAUGAAUCAAUAAUCAUCAUUUAGAUGUUGGCUCCUAAUUAGGGUUUAAUCUUAAUCUUUAUGUGUCACAUGUUCAAUCAAAUGGUCUCAUCUGCCCCCCCAAUAUGAGACAAAUAUAUCAGUGUGAUAAAUUGUCCUUGUUUGUUUGUGUGGUUACUAAAAUAUAAAAGAAAGGGAUUUUCAAGGAUUGUUUGUAAUGACAGAAGUAAAAUAUAAACAUGUGAUUCUUUUUCAGACGAUUUUAACUUCAAAUCUUUCUAAAUGUGUUCAGUUAAAUCAAAUAUAAUUUCACAUAAUCAGGUUUGUUCUGAACAAAAACCUUUUAAAGCUUCAUCAAACCUCUGAAGAAGGUUAAAUGACAGAUAAUAUCAUGUACUUGUGUUUUUAUUAAGGUUAUAUACCGUAAAUCCUCAAAUAAAGACCGGGAUUCAAUUAGUGGCCGGGCUUCAGAUAGUAGCCGGGGGCGCGGUCGAUAUGGACAAAUAAAGGCCGGUCCCAAAUACAGGCCGGGGGUAAAAAAAAAUUGAAAAAAUGUAAAAUUAAAGAAUAUACUGCUGGAGGUAACACGAGAGCCCGCCACCUGCUCGUGAACUGGGGGGUCGCUGCCUGGGAGAAGCUGGACAAGGACAUGAUCCGAAAGUCCGUCAAAGUUUGAAAGAUGACGGGAGUGAAGAUGAUCUCAUCCAUCGCUUCAAAGCGGGACAGCCAUGUGCCGCUGGUAGGGAUGCGCUGGCACAGCUCCGGCAGCGGGGGGAGGAGAACCGCACGCAAGUAGCCCAGGAUGAGGACAACGACGAGGAGAACACUGCAAAUAAAGCGCUAUACGCGAUAAACUUAAGACUGACACUAUGGUUUAUUACGGAUUCAUUUCUAAAUGCUUAGUCUCCAGAAAGUUGAUUAGCUAUAGGUCUACCGGUUUCAUUCUACCGGUAGCCUAUCAGUAAAUGGUUGCAGGAAGUGCUGAACGCAUAUGCCAUAAAUGAUAUUAGCCUACUGUAAUUAUGCCCAUUAUUUUAUUUAAAUAAUACAAUUCUAUAACAGAAGAUACCGGUAAGUAAGAAAUAAAGGCCUGCCCCUAAUACAAGCCGGUGCGCUGUGCUGCCUCUGUAAAUAAAAGCCCCGGCCACUAUUUGAGCAUUUACGGUAAUAGUACAACGUUUAGUGCCUCCAUGUAUUACUUUGGCUUCACAGGAAUAUAAUUGUUUGUAUCUAACUAGGGCCGGGACUCGAUUAAAAAUAUUAAUCUAAUUAAUUAGAGGCUUUGUAAUUAAUUAAUCAAAAUUAAUCGCAUAUAUUAUACAUACAAAUAUUUGACCUGAGAACAGUGAGAAGUAAUUUUUUUCACAUGGAUUUUUAUUUUUGUUCAACCAAUUCCAGCAGACAAGUGUAGCAAAAGCAUAUUUAGAAAUAUAGUACUUUCAGAAAUUCAGGUAGCCUAUAGGUAAGUAGACCUUCUGUAAACUAUGUUUUUUUAAGUAGACCAAUACUUUCAAGUACAUUCAGAACAUUGGUUAUUUUUUCAGACGUGGUCUUAGUUACCCUGGUCCUUAAAC